AUGUAUAACAACUCUGAAAAUUUCUUAUCGGGAUGCUUAUACUACCGAGUGAGAUGUGUUUCUAAGAAGGCUGCUUGUAUUGCAUAUUAGGGAAUAUAAAUUUUCAGGAUUUAAGGGAAACAAUAGAAUCCAAUAUUAUUGGAAACCUGUGAAACAGUUGUUAGAUAUUGUUAGGAUAGAAGAUGCUUGGAUAACACAGGUACAACAGAUGCUCAAUGUUAAAAGUUCUUACCAUCUCAAGCUACUGCAUAAUUAUAUAUUACUGAUUGAACCAAAUGCAUAGAUAUUGGAAAAUAAUUUUAAUUCUUUUAAGGAAAUGAUGAAAUAUACUAAAAAUUCAUAGCUAGUGAAGAUCCAUGCAGAGCACAUGCUGUUUCAGCAUUUCCUGUUGAUUGUAGUCUUAAAGUUUGUUAUGAAAAUCAUAACAAAUUUACAAGACAGAUAAAUAAUUUUCAGAUUAUAAUCCAACUUGUAAAAUACCAAGUAGAGAAUGCAAGAAUAGUGUUGGAUGUGGAGAUUACACUUCUCCAUGCAGUUCAUUAACUACAUAUGGUCAAACUAUUUGUGUUAAUACACCAACCAGCCUUUGCAAAGAUUUCACAUUUGCAGAUUAUGAUGGAUCUAUUACAAUUCAUAAAGAUUGUAAAGAUAAAGAUUGUACUUUUGCUACCAGUGGAGCUGGUUUUAUUACCAAAGAAACUCGCUCAUCAUAUAAAUCCCAAUCUGUUUGCAAAGCUACUAAUAAAACUGAAAAAUCAAUAAGAUAUUUUGGAAUUCUAUAGCCACUGCUUGUAGUUAAAGAUAAUGUACAUAUGUAACAUUAACUUUAAAUGAAGUAUACAAUAUUUGACUUGCUGGAUGCAUUUAGUACAAUCCCUGAACUUUGCUGAAAACAAAGUGUAGGAAAUCCAUGUUUAUGUUUUUAUGGAAUUUGUUAUGAUAAUGACAAUUUUACAGAUAUAACUUCUUAAACUAAACAUUUACUAAGCAUCCUCUGAAUAAUGUGUUCUAAAAAAUUCAACCUGUUUUUUCAUUAGCAAUUAGUAUAAAUUAUACUAAAUGUUUGGUGGUUAUCAAAAAGUAAAUGCAAAGAUUAAAAGCAUACAGUGA